AACUAAAAUGAAGAUGGAGGUACUUGGAAUAAAAUCCAAAAAAGGGAUGAAUUUUAAUGUCGAAAUCAUCCCUUUGAAUUUCAUACACCAAAAUUUGAAUGUGCUUCAAAUCCAUGUGCAAACAAAAGAAAAUAGACGUUGGAUUUGGCACAACACAAGGCAGUUUAUCUCAACCCCCUGAAAAAAUCAAAAAUCGAAAUUUCUGCAACAAAAACACACAGUCCCCACACUAUCAGAGAAUAAAAUCACUGUGCCCAGAAUCUAUGUGACAAAUCUCUCUCCAACCCUUCUUAAACUCCUCUUCCAUUUGAAUUCCGCCUUUUUUCCUCAUUCACAGUAGUAAAGAUUGAAUCUUUACGCUGGAAUUGAUGGGUCUUGAUGAACCCAUUUCGGGAAAAGGCAGAAUUCAAACUGAGCCCCUCUUUUCUUGAACAAAAAUAGCGGGUUUUUCCGCCCCUUUUUUUGGCAACUUUUCUUUUUUGUUGUUUAAAUGGAGAAGAAAGAUGGGACUGAGGCAAGAGGUAGUAGCAGACCGAGUUCCGAUGAUAAUUCUUCUUCGACUCAAUUUGGAUGGCCGAUUGGAAAGACGGGAAAUUCUAUGAAAGUUGAAGGCAAAAGCAAGCCUUGUUUGAAUGUUGAGAGUGGUGAUGAUAAAUCCGGGGGUAAAAAGCAGGGUUCUAAAUAUUCAGAAAUUGAGAUGAUGAAAGAGCGGUUUGCAAAGCUGUUGCUUGGUGAAGAUAUGUCAGGAAGUGGUAAAGGAGUUUGUCCUGCACUCACCAUCUCAAAUGCCAUCACAAAUCUAUGUGCUUCUGUGUUUGGACAAUUAUGGAGAUUGGAACCGUUGCCUCCCGAAAAGAGAUCGAUGUGGCGAAGAGAGAUGGGAUGGCUUCUCUCUGUGAGUGAUCAUAUUGUUGAGCUCAAACCAUCUUGGCAAACAUUUGCAAAUGGAGGUAGAGUUGAGGUUAUGAGCUGCCAACCAAGAUCAGAUCUCUUUAUUAAUCUGCCAGCUCUUCAGAAACUUGAUAACAUGCUACUUGAAAUACUCGAUGGAUUUUCCAAGACCGAAUUUUGGUAUGUCGAUCAAGGUAUAGUUGCACCGGAAGCUGAUGGAUCGGUCUCCUUCCAGAAAGCUGUUCAACGGCAGGAGGAGAAGUGGUGGCUGCCCGUUCCACGCGUUCCUCCCGGUGGUCUGCCCGAGGCUGCGAGGAAGCUAUUGAGUCACAAGCUCGAAUCUGCAAAUCAAAUUCUCAAAGCUGCUACUGCCAUCAACACCACUGCUUUGGCUGAGAUGGAAGUUCCACAAUCAUACUUGGAAACUCUUCCAAAGACGGGGCGAGCUUGUCUCGGGGAUGUCAUCUACCGUUACAUCACCUCAGAGCAUUUCUCCCCGGAGUGCCUGCUCGACUGCCUCGAUCUUUCAUCCGAGCAUGCUGCUCUGGAGAUGGCGAACCGCGUGGAGGCAGCAAUCUACGUGUGGCGUAGAAGGCAGCACCCCAAACCCGCAGCUCAUCCGAGCCACUGCGCCGCCAGAUCAUCUUGGGAGAUGGUGAAGGAUCUGGUGACGUACGGUGACAAGAGGGAGCUGCUCGCUGAGAGAGCCGAGACCCUCCUGCAAUCGUUGAAGCAGCGAUUCCCGGGGCUCACACAGACUACAUUAGACGCCACCAAGAUACAGUACAACAAGGAUGUCGGGAAGUCCAUCUUGGAGAGCUACUCGAGGGUCUUGGAGAGCCUCGCGUUCAACAUUGCAGCACGCGUCGAGGAUCUGCUCUACGUGGACGACAUCAACAAGCAGUCCGACAAGCUCUCGUCAGCGCGCUCCGUCAGCUUGAUGUCUCACCGGAAGAUACCAAUCCCGUACUCGGUGUCCGUCUCGGGCACUCCUUACCGGACGGCUUACACGACGCCUAGCAGAUCUCCGGGUCCUCCUCUCGCCAGCCCCGCGAAAGGGGAGAGGACUCCUUUCCCGGCCGGGAGCUGCAACAAGCCUGCAGCACGACGCGGUAUAGGAGUGAAGAGAGUCCUCACGAACUAUCUUGCCGGCGACGGGAAGGCGAGCGGCUGCGGCCUAAACCGCGAGGGCGCUGACGCUGUCUCGAACAGCGUGAGCCUGGAUGCCAAGGAUUCGUCUUCGAUCCGGAAAGAGUCGAUUUCGCAGCUCAUAGAUAGGUAGUCAGGGACGGAGCUAGGAUUUUGAAAAUGGGCGGACGAAAUUAUAUUUUUGUAUUUAACAAAUUUGGGCAGACGAAAUUAUAAUUUUGUUCACAACAA